CUUUUCGUGAGAACGGCCGUUACGAAACGGCGCCGCUAACGGCCGUCUCGCCUCUGCCUCUCCGAAAUAAAUUUUUGUUUGGUUCUAUCUUGCCUAUUUGAAAGAACCCCGGAAGAGAUUCGUCUCCGCUCCACACGGGGUUUUGAAAAGAGACCCGUUUCGUUUCAAAGGUCACCCAAGACUAGUUUUUAAUGUUUCAUUGUCGCUUAAGGAAGGGAGGAGAGUAAGAGAAUGCCGAGGACUUCAUUUCCCAGAAUUCACAAGGGGUUUCUUUGAUCAGCUGACUUGGCAUGUGGACUAUUCUUUAUUUCCUGUUCAUCAUGAAUAGAGAUGGUAUGGGAGCACCUACCCUCAUCGGGUGAUUUGAUGCUUUUUGGCCAAAAUUGACUCAGAGAUACUGUGAGAAAUGGAAGUAUUCAAGUAGAUCAGCUGCUGUAGAAUGUUUCUUUGCGAGGAAAGAAUUUUUGUUUAAAAAGAAGCUUAGAAGAUGAAACAUUCCUCUGGUUCGAGUUGAUUGCAUUCCAUGAAAACACAAAAUGCAUCCUGAAUCUAAAAAGCGGCUGAACGUCAUUGUUUUAGGAGUGGCCUUUAUGUUUAUAUUCACUGCUUUUCAAACAUGUGGAAACAUUGCACAAACUGUUAUCACAAAUUUAAACAGCACAGAUUUUCAUGGCAGUGGAUAUACCAGCAUGGCCAUUAUUUAUGGAGUCUUCUCAGCAUCAAAUCUUAUUUCACCUUCAGUGGUUGCAAUUGCAGGGCCGCAGCUCUCUAUGUUUUUUAGUGGAAUCUUUUAUAGCAUAUAUAUUGCUGUCUUUAUUGAGCCUUAUCCAUGGAGCUUCUACACAGCCUCUGUUUUCCUUGGCAUAGCAGCUGCUAUAUUGUGGACUGCUCAGGGAAACUGUCUGACAAUAAAUUCCAAUGAAAACACAAUUGGCAGAAACAGUGGAAUCUUCUGGGCAUUAUUGCAAUCUAGUUUGUUUUUUGGGAAUCUGUAUAUAUACUUUGCCUGGCAAGGGAAGACCCGUAUAACAGAGAGCGACCGCAGGACCGUCUUCAUUGCGCUGACAGUGAUCAGCCUCGUAGGCACCGUUCUGUUCUUUCUCGUCAGGAAUCCACAGGAAUCAAAUACAGAAGAAGGAGAGACAGCAGGCAAUGCCGAUAACCUUGUAGAACCAAUGUCUGACCAAAGUAAAAUGACAAGAGCCGCAGAUGCAUUUAGAAGCUCUAUGAAGCUGUGUUUCACCAAAGAGAUUCUGUUGCUUAGUAUCACAACAGCCUAUACAGGUCUGGAAUUAACAUUCUUCUCUGGAGUGUAUGGGACCUGUAUAGGCGCUGUAGAUAAAUUUGGUGCUGAAGAAAAAAGCCUGAUCGGGCUGUCUGGUAUUUUUAUCGGCAUUGGGGAAAUAUUAGGCGGAGGAAUCUUUGGCCUCCUGAGCAAGAGCGACCGUUUUGGCCGGAACCCCGUGGUGAUGUUAGGCAUCGUCGUCCAUUUUGUAGCCUUCUAUUUGAUAUUCUAUAACAUACCAAAUGAUGCACCUGUGGCUUCCAUUUAUGGGACAGACAGCAUAGCAUACAUGGAACCAAGCAAGGAAGUGGCUAUUUUUUGCAGUUUCUUACUGGGUCUAGGUGACAGCUGUUUCAACACUCAGCUCCUCAGCAUUUUGGGGUACCUGUAUGCAGAAGACAGUGCUCCAGCUUUUGCAAUCUUCAAAUUCAUUCAGUCUGUCUGUGCAGCCAUCGCAUUUUUCUACAGCAACUACCUGCUUCUUCAGUGGCAGCUCUUGAUUAUGGCUGUGGUUGGAUUCUUUGGGACAAUUUCCUUUUUCACGGUGGAGUGGGAAGCCCCAGCCUUUGUUGCCAAGAAUUUACAUUACAGCAGCAUUUAAGAAAAGCCUUUUCAAUCACCCUAGGACAGCAUUCACAUGCAAACACACAUCCGUUUCUUGAAAUGAGUUGCUAACAUUUGCAAUUAGAGAAGCAUGUUUCAAGGAAAUCCGGUUUCCACCUGAGAACAACUAUUACUUGGCAUGGAACAAGUAAGCCCCCAAAUUUUGUUUUUAAUCAAAUAGUGCAGAUGUGAAGGUUUGUUCACUACAGGGUGGAGGAAGAGGGACUUGGAAAUCAGAGCAUCAGGAUAUUCUUUGUAUCAUUGCCACUUGCUGAGUGCCUGCAUCUCAGGCUUAUGACCACUGAUUGCGGAAAUCAUGCCCUUCUAAAAAUAAUUACGUUGCUAUUUUGGCUUCAGUUACGUAUGUCUGAAAUUUUGAUCCAGCUGUCUACUAAGAAUUUUUUCCUGUUUGGGCUUAGGUACACUGCAACACAGAUAUGGAAGACUAAUUUGUUUCAUGGAUUUGUGCAGAAAUUGUACGCAGGUUCUAAAGUUUCUUCGUUAAUUUGCCAGCCCCAUUUUCUCUUGAGACAUUUACUUUACAAGAUGAAGUAUUAUUUAUGUUGGAAAAAAAAGAAUGUAGCAUAAGGAAAUUAAAAAUUUUUGCACAAGCU